AUGGCUGAAAUCGUUAGCGCCUUCAUCACUUUGCUCUGUGGGAAGCUCAACUCCGCAGACUUGAUGAAGCUGGCUCAAUCUAAAGGAAUCGAUACUCAGCUAAAAAAAUUGAAGAAAACCUUGCCCCUGAUCCAAGCUGUGCUUGCUGAAGCAAGAAAUAAGCAGAUAACAUACAUAGCUGCUCAACGGUGGCUGUACGAUCUCUAUGAAUUGACUUACGAUAUAGACGACUUACUCGAUGAUUUAACCACCGAAGAUAUGCGACGCAAGUUGAAUGAAGAAUCCCGUGCUAGCAUCAGCAAUACGGUUUUGAAGUUAUUGUCAAGUUUUAGUAAUUUUGGUCCCCACAGCAUCAUGUAUGGUCGGCAGAUGAGUUCUAAGCUGGAUGAGAUUACCAACCAGUUGGAUACAUUUCUGGAAAGGAAAAAUGAUUUGGAUUUGAAUGUAAUUGUUGAAGUAGAGUCAUAUAGAAGGGAGAGACGGUUGGAGGAAAUUCCAGUUGAGUCGCAAAUAAUUGGUCGGGAAAGGGAUAAAGAGGCAUUGCUGAUGAAGUUGUUGGGAAGUGAUGAAAAUGUUGGCAUAGUGUCCAUAGUUGGUAUGGCUGGGGUAGGCAAAACCGCUCUUGCUAAAGUUUUGUACAACGAGGAGAAACUGAAGGAUCACUUUGAACUUAGAGCGUGGGUUUGUGUUACUGAGGCAUACAGUAUAUUUCAUAUCGGCCAGUCCAUUUGGGAAGCUGUAAGCGGGGAGGCCAAAAGAUUUCCUGAUCUUAAUCUGCUUCAUGUGUCCCUCAAAGAAAAACUUUCAAAGAAGAGGUUCCUACUUGUUCUUGAUGAUGUAUGGAACAUAGACUACCUUUUAUGGAAACUUCUUGGAAGCCCGCCUCUUGUAGGUGCACCUGGAAGUAAAGUUAUUGUCACAACCGGGAGAACCGGGGUUGCAUCAGUGAUGGGCUCUAAUGAAACUUACCAUUUGGAGGUUUUGUCAAAUGAAGAUGCUCUGUCUUUAUUUGUUCAACAUGCCUUGGGUGAAAAAAACUUUGACAAACAUCCAACACUUCGGUUGCAUGGUGAAGCUAUUGUGAAGAAAUGUGGUGGAUUACCUCUUGCUCUAAUAAUGCUUGGGAGGGUCUUGAAGACUCUAAAACUAAGUUACUAUCAUCUCCCUCCACAUUUGAAGCUGUUGUUUGCAUACUGCUCCUUCUUUCCUAAGGGCUAUGUGUUUGACAAGAAAACGUUAGUCCUAAUGUGGAUGGCAGAAGGCUUCUUGUCCCAAUCAAUACGCGACAAGUCAAUGGAGAGUUUGGGUUAUGAGUCUUUUGAAGAGCUAAAGUCAAGAUCAUUUUUUCAAUAUUCAACAAAUGACGAAGUAGGGCAUACAAUGCAUUACCUUCUAGGUGACUUGGCAACAAGUGUUGCAGGAGAGUUUUUCUUUAGAUCCGAUGAAGAGAUGGAUGUAUCAAACAUGAAUGAAACAUUUGAGAAGUUACGCCACUUUUCACUUAAAGCUCUACAAGGCGACUCAUAUAAAAAGCUGAUCAAGGAAUUACAAAGAUCCAAACGUUUGCGGACUUUCUUACUAAUGUCAUCUGGUUGGAAAAGUAAUAACUUAUUGAACAAUUUUCUUGUUGAAUUACUUCCUGACCUACAGUUCCUAAGGGUGCUCAGCCUAAGUGGUUGGAAUAUCACAAAGAUCCCUCAAUCCAUUGGUGAUCUCAAGCAUUUGCGGUACCUCAAUGUUUCUAAUACUAGAAUCACAUGUUUGCCUGAACAAGUAAGUGACCUUUGUAAUUUACAAAGCUUGUUGGUUAGUGGUUGUUAUGAGUUAUCUGCCUUGCCUGAAAGUUUUGUUAACUUAAUAAACCUGCGGCAUCUUGACAUAAGUCGUACUCCAAAGUUAAACAAGAUGCCCUUAGGGAUUGGUGGGUUGACGAGUCUACAAACUCUACCAAAGGUUGUUAUUGAAAGAGAUAACGGCUUCAAAAUAUCCGACCUUAAGGAUCUAUCGAAUCUUCAAGGCCAACUUUCUAUCAUGGGGCUGGACAAAGUGAUAAGUCCACUGCAAGCAAAGGAUGCCAACUUACAUGAAAAGGAGGGUCUUGAUGUUUUGGAUAUGGAAUGGAGUGAUGUGUUUGAUGAUUAUCGGAAUGAGAUGAUUGAAUAUGAAGUACUUGAAGAGCUAAGGCCUCAUCAUAAGUUGAGAAAUCUGAAGAUUUUGUUCUACAAAGGAAUGACAUUUCCUGAUUGGGUCAGUGAUCCCUCAUUUGACCAGUUAACUGAGCUUACAUUAUGUGGGUGUAGAAAUGAUUGUUUACCAAUGCUUGGACGUCUACCUUCACUUGGUAAAUUGUUUGUUAAAAGAAUGAAUGAGGUGGAGACAGUGGAUUUUGAGUUACUUUCAUCUACUAAUUCUUUCCUUGGUGUUGCCUUUCCAUCACUUGAAGUUUUGAAAUUUGAUGAUAUGCAAGAAUGGAUGGGAUGGUUCAUUAGUGGUGGCAAUUACUAUGGAACUAAAAAACCGUUUCCUCGUCUGCGUGAGUUAUCUAUAAAACAUUGUCCGAGAUUGGUACAAGUGUCAAUUGGAUUUAUACCAUCACUUCGUGUUUUACAUGUAGAAGGAUGUUUGGAACAAGUGUUAAGAAGCAUUAUUGGUGCCACUUCAUCGCUUAUCGCAUUGAAAAUGGGGAAUGUUAAAGGACUUGCUGAACUACAUGAAGAACAUUUAAUGUGUCUUGGGGCCGUUGAAGAUCUAUAUAUUGAUAGAUGUGAUGAAUUAAAAUACUUAGGGGAACCAGAAACGGAGGACUAUGAGUUUCUUAGCAGUUUACAGAAGUUGGAGGUACGUAACUGUGACGCAUUAGAGAGUUUGAUUUGUCCAAAUCGUGUGGAGAGGUUGGUGAUAAGUUGUUGUCGUAAAAUGACAUCUUUGACCUUCUCACCAUUGCUUCAACUCCCUUCCUCAAUCAUGUUUUCCCUAAGAUCUCUUGACAUCCAUGGCUGCAACAAUCUAAAAUCAUUUCCUCAUGAGCAUUUGGAGAGUCUCAAAUCUUUGGAAGAACUGUUUAUAUGUGAUUGUCCGAGUAUGGAUUACUCCUUUCCUUGUGGGUUGUGGCCUCCUAAUUUACGUAGCCUUGGUAUAGGAUACUUGAAUAAGCCCAUGUCAGAGUGGGGCCCACAAAAAUUUCCAACCUCACUUGUUGAACUACUUCUAUAUGGAAAACAUUCAGGAGUCGUUUCAUUUGCUGUGGGAGAACAUGCGAGCAAUACCACUACUUCUACAUCAUGUUUUCUUCUUCCACCAUCUUUAGCAUCUCUGGGACUGAAUGGUUUUAUGGAAUUGGAAUCACUUUCAGAGAGAUCUGCCCGAGACAACUUCAUCUUUGACAGUAAAACUGUGGCUGUAGAAAAGGUCGUAUCAGAUCAAGAUUACCAUGAGAUGGGAAGAUAG